CAUAUUUGUGCUAUAUGCAAAGUUGCAAACUGGUUUGAGUGUUUCAACAAACAAGUUUUCUCGACAAGUCUGUACAUCAAUUAUAAUUCAGUCGGUGUUUGGACACAGUGUUGUGUACUUGCAUUGUGUUUUUAAAUUGUUUUUGCUCUUCGUACGGAUCAUUUAAUAUUGAAAAACAUAACAUUUAUUUUUUUUAAAAUGUCGACAAAAAUAAAUCCUGACUUACAAAAAGAAAGGGACCAAUGCACAUUUGAUGUAACGGAACUAACAAAUUUAAUUGAUGGAGGUGUUGAGAAGACUGAGGAAAGAAAAAAAAGAGAGGAAAUGGCUCUUAAAGAAAACAUUCACAAUGACGAUGUACCAUCGGUAUAUUUAAGUCAUAAGGAGAAGUAUGAACUGGCUGUGAAAAAGGCUUGUCUAUUAUUUAAGAUGAUUCGGAAAUUACAGGAGGAAGAGAAUGCUGGAAUGGAAAAUUAUAUGGCAGUACUCGGGGGCAAUUUAGGUUCUGCGAUAUUGAGCGACGGUUGUCCUCUCACACUGCACUAUGUGAUGUUUAUACCGACUGUAAUGGGUCAAGGAACUGUCGAACAGCAAGCCUACUGGAUUGGAAGAGCCUUUAAUCUUGACAUUAUAGGAACUUAUGCGCAGACGGAAUUAGGACACGGUACUUUUAUUCGUGGGUUGGAGACCACUGCCACAUAUGAUCCUAGCACCAAGGAGUUUGUUCUCCACAGUCCCACGCUCACUUCCUACAAAUGGUGGCCCGGCGGAUUGGCCCACACCGCGAAUUAUUGUAUUGUCAUGGCCCAGCUUUACACAAAAGGAAAAUGCCAUGGAAUCCAUCCAUUCAUUGUUCAGCUCCGCGAUGAAGAAAAUCACAUGCCGCUGCCUGGCAUCAAGGUUGGCGAAAUUGGAGCCAAGCUUGGUAUGAACGGAACAAACAACGGAUUCUUAGGCUUCGAUAAAGUGCGCAUACCUAGAGAUUACAUGCUAAUGAAGAAUUCGAAGGUCUUAGAGGACGGAACAUACGUUAAUUCUCCGAGUUCGAAGCUGACAUACGGUACGAUGAUGUUUGUCCGCGUGAUGCUGGUCAAUGACAUGUGCAACUACAUGGCUAAAGCCGUUACCAUAGCAACCAGAUACUCGGCUGUGAGGAGACAGUCUCAGCCGAAACCCAACGAGCCAGAACCGCAGAUUCUGGACUACGUGACGCAGCAACAUAAGCUGCUGAUCGGCAUCGCGUCCGUGUACGCGUUCCGCACCAGCGCCAACUGGCUGUGGCUCAUGUACAACAACGUCACCGCGGAGCUGGAGGCCGGAGACAUGGAGCGCCUGCCCGAGCUGCACGCGCUGUCGUGCUGCCUGAAGGCGGCCAGCACGGCGGACGCGGCCGCGUGCGUGGAGCGCUGCCGGCUCGCGUGCGGCGGCCACGGGUACAUGCUGUCGUCCAACCUGCCGCUCACCUACGGCCUGGUCACCGCCGCCUGCACCUACGAGGGCGAGAACACCGUCAUGCUGCUGCAGACCGCGAGGUUCCUGGUCAAAGCGUGGCAGCAGGCGGUCAGUGGGAACACUUUGACGCCCACAGUGUCGUAUCUCGGAGACCUGCGUAAUGGACGAAGAUCUCCACCCUGGGACAAUACCAUCGAGGGUAUAAUUGCAGGUUUUCAGAGGGUUGCCGCCGGUAAAAUCGGUCAGUGUGUGGCGCAAAUUGAAAAACGUCAGAAAAGCGGCAUGUCGUACGAAGACGCAUGGAACAUGACAUCUGUCCAGCUCACGUCGGCUUCUGAGGCGCACUGCCGCGCGAUCCUGCUGGCGACGUACUUCCAGGAGACGGAGCAGCGCGCGGGCGGCGUGUCGCCGGCGCUGCGGCGCGCGCUGCGCCAGCUCGUCGACCUGUACGUCGUGUACUGGGCGCUGCAGACGCUCGGCGACCUGCUGCGGUUCACAUCGAUAUCUGAGCGCGACAUAGAGCAGCUUCAAAACUGGUACGAAGAUUUACUGGUACAACUACGCCCCAACGCUGUCGGUCUGGUUGAUGCCUUUGACAUCAGGGAUGAGAUCCUAAACUCAACGCUCGGUGCGUAUGAUGGUCGUGCUUACGAGCGUCUGAUGGAAGAAGCUAUGAAGAGUCCCCUCAAUGCUGAACCUGUCAAUAAAAGUUUCCACAGCUACCUCAAACCGCUCAUGCAGGGCAAGCUGUGAUAUAUUAUAGUAUAAGAUAUUUUAAAUAAAAUAUGGUGCCUUGGGUGAUAUAUACUGGCCAUUAAAUUUAAAUGCAUACAUCACAUACAAAAUAAUAAAACUAUUAAUUUUUAAGUUAAAAAGAAUCAUGACAAUAUUUCUAAGUAUAAAUAAGUUUAUUCUAAAAUUAUAUAUGCUAUUCAUAUUAUAAUAAAUUUAAUAUAUGUUUGUUAUAAAAAAAACUAUUCCAAUUAAAUUGUUGUCAAUUUUUGUGUUUGCAAUUACCUUUUUAGAAAUUUACUGAUAAAAACUUUUUUGACUUUUGAAUGCAAUUACUUAAAAAUUGGCAAUUUUUCAUUAUGAGGAAACUUUGUAAUCUUUUAUUUAUUUAAUUGAUGUUAAUUUUUGAAAGCAAUGUAUUUUAAUAUUUUCUGUUAUUGUAUAUUUGACUGGCCAGGUAGUUUAAUUAUACUUAAAUCUAUUUUAUACUUAGGGUAAUAUUGUAAUCUAAGAAUAGAAUUUUUAUGAGAGAUUUUAUACAAAAUAAUAAUAUAUCAUGUUUUACUUUUAUAAUGAAAGUAAUUGGGUGGAGGCUAAAUAACAUUCCAAACAUUGAAAAUGUAGAGAUUACACAGUAUUAUUUUAGUUCACCUUAUUACUUUUUUCAUGUUUUAAGAGAUUGGUAAAUCAAACAUUUGUUUAUAAUGGAAUAAAAGUUAUUAUUAAUUUU